AUGACCACUGACCCAACCAAUUCUUCUGUCGAAUCCAAUUCUCACUCGAACUCUAUCGCACGCUCGCGCCCACAUCCCCAGUCACCGCAGUCACCCCCACAGCCACCUUCAACUCUUCUACAGGCACCAGCUGUUCCUUCUUUUCUUCUUCACACCAAUACCAACACCAGCGCUAGUAGCAACAGCAACGUCCACCGACGACGCUCCUCCGCUAACAAUAGCUACGCAGCCUCACCCUUAUCCGCCUCCACCUUUUCUUCAAGUUCCUCCAAGCGCAUCCCUGCCGAUAAUACCUCUGCCACAGCCAAUAUGAUGCUCGGGCACGCACUCAUUCACUACAACCAGACACUACCACAGCCUCCUCAUUCACCCCCAAUGCAUUCUAAGGAACACCAGCACCGAUCGCAGGGCUCAUCCCGUCCAGGAUAUGGCCCCAGCGCAACCAUGUUCGCAUCCGUCAAGGCCGAGUCAUCUUUACUGUCUUCCUCAAGUGCAGCAGGGUCGGCCCGAGUCCCGCUGCCCAACGCUAGGCUACCCGUUCGACUUGUACUAUCCGACCCACGAGUCAAUAGCUACCUCUUAUCUAACAAGUUCGCGCAGCAUUCAGCCCAUUCUUCAUCACGACAGCAUGAUCUGGCUCCAGGGAGCAGCUGUCCGCAGUCGAUACCCGUUCCCGCCUCUGCCCCUGCUCCAACUACUGCGUCAGGAGGAGCAUAUGUGGCACCUCGUCGGGAGUGUGAGGUGAAUACAGUAUCUCCUAUUCCAUUCCCAAGUCCUGCCCCUUCGAUGCCGUCUGUCUCGCCCGAGUUCCAUGUGCCAUGCGACUUCCAUGCCGUUGGCUACCAGAAACAUACCCGUGAUGAUCGCUCUGGUCAGCUCAGUCACGAGCGACAGCGCCUUCACCACAAUCAGCAGCCGCAGCGCACCCAGCAAAGGCAGCGUCAGCCUGAUUUGUCAUCACCGCCAACUUCGGAAGUAGAUCCUAUGAGCGAAUCAAAGACGCUACCUCCGCUAUUUCGAGCAAGCCCUCCACCUCAGUACAAUGGCAGGUCGCAUUCAAGUUCGCAUCCAGGCACACAUCUCUUACUGCCAUCCUCAAGAACAAAUCUGGGUCCUGUGCAAUUAGCGAACUCGCUUUCGGCAUCCAGCAACGCCUUUUCUGGUUCCAGUAGAGCUUCCUAUGGUCUCUUCAAUCCGGCCACAGACAGCCGAGCAGUGUCACCGCCCCUGUCCAACCAAGCAUGGUCUUCGAAGCAUCACCAUCCCAAGAUACCCAUCCGAUCACCGGAGCGAGCUGGCCAGGAGCUCAUGAUGACAUCAACGACGGACACGGACUCGAGUGCGUACAUGAACAUGGACUAUUAUAACAUCUACCGACAGAACCCUCUGCUUCUGAGGCCACAAGGUGGACGGUACGAUGAGCGACGACAUUCCACAUCCAGUCAUCCUGAGGACAGUGUUCCUGGCCCAGUGCCCAACCAUGCGCACUUUGACACGUACUCGGGCUCCAAAGGAAAAGCGAGGGCUUCAAGCACAGGCUGUGGCAGAAGACAUUCGCAGUCGCUAUUGUCGACCGCAACCUAUCGAGUGCUGCGACACGAGGAUGCCAAGGAAGAGAUGGAUACCAGCCAAGAAAUUGUACGCAGUCUUGGCAUUCAGUCUGCUGCAGCCAAGGCUAGAUCUUCGACCUCUGCUCGACCGUUCUCGAUGUCGAUCCAACAUUUGUUGACGGACGACGACUCCAGUGGAUACUAUCAGUUCCACAGCAGCAGCAGCAGUUCGAGUUAUGGUUCCGAGGAUAGUGCGGCAACUGGAGGCAAGCGCAAGAUGAGUAGUAUGUCAGCACUGGAUGGAAACGACCAACCCAAGUACAGGCGCAUGUCUAAGAAGCGAGCUGCGGAGCUUGGUCUGCUCGACGAGGACGGCAAUAUCAUGAGAAAACGAAAGCGUACCAAGAAGGUCCAGGAUCCCGAUCAUGUCUCUCCCAAUGGAUUCAGACAUGGUGGUGAGCGCACUGUUCAGGAACCUGAGGAGUUGGUUGAGCUCGACCCCGAUGUUGGCCCGACUUCAGUCCUGGAUAGGAUCCCACGACCCACUGUCUACUGGAGGGGUCAGCCUCUUUCGGUCGUUGGAAAGCCUGGAUACGAACUGUUGCACCCAUAUGAGACGUACAUUGCAUCGACACUUCGACUUUCGCCAGCACAGUAUCUUAGUUGCAAGCGGACCUUGAUCCUCACCUCACGCGCAUACUACGCCAAGCCUGACGGAAAACAGUUCAGGAAAUCGGACGCUCAGAAAUUGUGUCGCAUUGACGUCAAUAAGACCAGUCGGCUAUGGGAGGUCUUUGCCAAGGUGGGAUGGCUGGAAGGCAUCUCUGAGCGCGAUAUCUGA